AUGAAAUUAAAGACUUUUGCCGUCGUUUUGGACAAACCCGACGCCACGUAUCGGUGCGGAGAAGUGGUGAGUGGACAGUGUGUGCUCGUGUUGGAGGGAGAGCUGCACCUGAGCCAACUCACGAUUGCGCUGCGGGGAGAGGCGGUGUGCGAGUGGACGGAAGCGCGACAGGUGUCCGAAAGGGGCGCCGACGGGAAGCAGCGGUCGCGGCAGGAGACUGUGCGUCACCAUGGUCACCACCAGUGCCUCGACCUCCACUACUGCCCCGGAAACGUCUAUCCCUCGCUCCUGACUUCCGGUCAGCACAACAUCGGCCUCAACUUCCAGCUCCCAAUCGACGGAUCAAUUCCGCAGACAUUGGAAGCAAAGUUCGGGAGAAUUCGGUAUUUCAUCGAAAGUCACGUGAAAAAGACGCAAUUCUUCGCUUUCGACGAAAAGACCAAAAUUGGAAUCAAAAUAAUUUCCAAUCCUUUGAUUUCCGCGCAAGAAAUCGCCUUGCCGGUGAUGGCGAGCGCCAAUAAGACGGUGGGCGUGUUCGGGGGCGCGCCCCUCUCCUUGAGGGCGGAGUGCGCGCGCACCGCGCAUCCAAUCGGGCGCGCGAUGGCGAUCACGUGUUUCGUGGACAACCGGAGCAAGAAGGCGAUGACGUUGAAUGCGACGCUCAAAGAGGAAACGCUGUUCUUCGCGUCGGGCGCGCAGAAGAAGGAGGAGGAGAAGAUCGCGCGCGUCUCGGGACCAAUAAUCGGCGCGCAGACAUUGGCCACGGAGACGCUGCUGCUGCCGGUGCCGGUGUCGGCGCGCGUGCUCCACAACACGUGUCCCAUCAUCCGCGUGAAGCACGUGGUGGACGUGUAUCUGUCGAUCGCGGGCUCCUUCGACCUGCACUGCCAUCUGGCGGUCGUUUUGGUCAACGAUUUGUGA